CUGCAUGGUAUCUGUUUUUAUUGCAUUCAAUGGAGCUGCCCCCUGCUGGCCUUUACAUAGAAUGCAGAUUAAAGACACUUCCUGGGAACUCGUCCAUUAUAUGACCUGUCAAUGAUCUAUACUAACCUCUUUAGCAGCCGCCAUACCAACCACCUAGCUCAAAGCUUGACGUGAUGGAUUCUCUUGUGAUUUCAUUACAAUACUGUCUGAACUGUCUCCACAGGUAAGGCCAUCAUAGAGAACAUUACAGACGCUAUCUAUGGCAGCAGGAAGACCAUCUGUGUGAUCAGCCAGCGCUACCUUCAGAGCGAGUGGUGCUCCAGAGAGAUCCAGAUGGCCAGCUUCCGUCUGUUUGACGAGCAGAAGGACGUGUUGAUCCUGCUGUUUCUGGAGGAGAUCCCGGCCCAGCAGCUGUCUCCGUACUACCGCAUGAGGAAGCUGGUGAAGAAACGCACCUACCUGAGCUGGCCUCAGGCCGGCCAACACACAGGUGUCUUCUGGCAGAACGUCCGGAGAGCUCUGGAGACCAGGGACGCUGUUGAUGACAACACAGACCUCCUGACUGGACCAGCAGCCUGCUAGCCAUAAUGUUAGCAAGCAAGCAAGCUAACAUAAGCCAUCUAGCUGCAACCCAGCCACACUGAAUAACGUUAUGGAGUUAAAUGUUUAGAUUCAGUGUGACUGAACAGGACUGACUGAGAAUCAUCCGUUUUUAAAUUUUCGUUAUUUGUCGUGUUUCAACUCAACUUUAAACACAUUGCUUUGAAAGGUUUUGUUACACCUGCUUCUGCUUUAUACAUAGUUUAUACAUAUAUGCGUAUAUAU